GAGCAGCAGAUGCUGGAACUCGCUCGUCUCGUCGUGGGUGUUGCCCGUUCACCUCCAGCUCGAGUCAACGCUGCUCUCGACCACAGCCUGCCAGCUGCUACUAACGUCGGCGAGGUGCUGGCUGCUGCCGUUGCUCCUCCGCGUCUCCCUCUUGCGGAGGCUGAUGAACUGGUGGCCCUCCGCCGCGAGAACGACCGGCUACAGGCAGAGCUCUCCGACGCCAAAGAUAAACUCGCUGAAGAGAUGAACCUGCGGACCAAGUCGGACUACGUCCUCGUCUCGGCCAACUCCGAGUGCGACCAAGCUCUGGACCUCGUCCAGGACAUGCGCGUCCAGCUCAGCAACGCCAGCGCUCAGUUGAUGCAAGCGAACGCGGCCAUCGCUCACCUCGCUGACGUCACUCAGUCGUUGGAGAAGCGGACGCUCGUUGCUGAGGCCGAUUCGGCCGCUGCUGUACGUCGGAACACCCAGCUCGGCCACCGUGCCACUCCCGAGUCGACUCCACACUCGGUCGGCCUCUGUUCACGCUCGGGCGAUGGUAACAGCAACGGUGACAGCUUCACCGAGGGCUGGACCUGCGUCGAUUGCCCCAGCAGUGGUUGA